GGGGUUGGGGUGACCACCUUUCUUGCCCAAAUCCCCCUUGUGACUGGAUGGGGCAAGGUAGAGGUAGGUGAGCAAUAGGUCUGGCUCCACCCUCGGGGGGGUCCCAGCCACGGGGGCUUUUGCCCAUAACCAGAAGGUCAAGUGGCUUGUUCCGGAGCCAGCAAGGGUCAGAGGCCGGCUGCCCGGUUUAUUUUAUUUAACUUAAUUUUGUUUAUGAGUGUGUGUCUGCCUGCCCCUCCCCUCAGUGUUAAGUGGGAGCCCUGAGGGAGCCUCUCCUCCCCCCAGCCGCCUCCCCCGUUUCCUCCCUCUAUCUCCAGUCACCAGCCGUCCUUCUGGACCAGGCGGAGGGUUGAGCGGGCAGGCAGGAGCCUGGGGCGACUUGGCCCAGCCCACCAGCCCAUGACCCCUUCUCAGGCCACCAGUAUUGCCCCUUCCCUUUUUAAAAUGAAACACCCUUGUUUGUAAAUCCUUAGUUGCUUGAGAAUAAAACCCCUCCCUUUUCUUCCACUGAGUCUGUGGUGUGACCUGAGCCUUGGCAGGAUAUGGCGAGAUGUGGGAAGGGUCUGUAAGCCCUGACCUUGUGGUUGGAGGGCCGGGAAAUGGUGAAUUCUGGUGGAGAAGGUCUCUGCAUCAAAAGGGAAACUGAGGCAGGGUGGUAGCUGGGAGGGUGGUCUUUGUAGUGAUUUGCCCAACAUCAAGCAGGCAGUAUGGAGGGACACCCGACCCCCCAUAGCCAGAGGUCCUGCUGGAGAAGAGCUCUUAAUCCCUGGCAGGCCUUGGGGAAGGGCUCUGGUGUCAGCCCGUCAGUCUGCCACCCCCGCUCUUUGCUUUCCGGAGUGGCUGCCCAGCCAAGGACAGGGACACCUGCUUACCUGCUGGGCCUGGUGCUGCCUGGACUGGUGCCUCUGCCUCUGGCCCCACACACUUACCGCAGCCAGUCCAGCAUGCUGGGCGCCAUGGUCCUGCUGCUGGCCCUGCUCCCAGGGAUCUCCACCUUGCCCAGCGGGCCACCUGCGCCCCCCUUUCCAGUGGCGCCCGGGUCGUGGCUGCGUCGACCCGUUUUCAGUCUAGAGCUGUCAGACGCACAGGACGCGUUCCACCGCCGCGCAGGGCCGUUCGAGGUCCCAGCGGACAGCCGCGUGUUCGUGCAGGCGGCCCUGGCCCGGCCCUCCCCGCGCUGGAGCCUGGCCCUGCACCGCUGCUGGGUGACGCCCUCCUCACGGCCAGCCCCAGGACCCACCCUGGCGCUACUGCAAGGGGGCUGCCCCGCCGAUUCCUCCGUCACCUUCCCGCCACCACGCCCUGGGGCCGCCCGCUUCAGCUUCCGUCUGCGCCCGGUCUUCAAUGCCUCUGUGCAGUUCUUGCACUGCCAGCUGAGCCGCUGCCGCCUCCGGGGAACCCACCGGACUCCUGAACCUCUGACGCUGCCGCCCCAGUCCCCGGUGUGCGGGCGCAGGACGGGGAGGCUGGGCUCCUGAGGCCGGUGUGGGGUGGGCAGGAUCACCUCCAGCAUUGGAAGGAGGAGCCUCUUGGGUUUGGGGAAUCUUGGGGUCAGGGCUCUUUGGAGCCUGGGGCACGGGUCCCUUGGAGCUGGGGGUAGGUACUGGGUCUCUCCCAGGCCAGGCACAGCGGCCUUGAGGGGCC